AUGUCUGCUCAAAGGUCACAGGAUGACAUGGCUGCGAGCCCAGCUGCCAGGCAGACCGCAUUCAGCUUCGGCGCUCUCGCCGGCUUCUCCUACGAUCCGUGCAGUGGCUUCUCACCGCCCGCACAAGAUCAGUCGUUCUACAGCCGUCGUCCGGCAAGCGACUCUUCUCGCAACACAGCUCCUGGUGACAUGACUCCAGUGCGGCAAAAUUCCGCUCGACAAGGAGAACCUCGCGAGCUUGAGCAGAUUCGCGCUUCCGAACCAUAUUCGUCCGAGCAGUGCGUCUCGCCCCAGCUCAUCGUCCCUUCGCAGGCCGCUCGCAGGCCGCCCGAUCAUGGCGCCCAAGUCUCUCAAUCUGCAAACAGCUCGAUGGUCCAUGAUCCUACAGUCUCCCAGCGUUCUGAGACCUCGAGAGACAAUGCUACACGCGUUUCCCAGCGUCUGACCUUGGAUGAGGACAAUUCUGGAUCCAUCGACACUGCCCAGAGUCAAACGCCACCGCCAGACAUCACCGAGUCAUAUGAAAGGACAGUCAUAUCGAUUUCGAGUGAGUCAGAAGACCAAUUGUCGAGCUCUUCCGACAGCGGCAGUGACAGCGACAGCGACAUGCCCCUCAAUGUCUUCCGUCGACCCGGACAAGCUUUCGUCACGACCAGAUCUGCCGAGCUUUUGCACCAGUCUUCACAUGAUCGAGAGCGACAAGAGUCGAACCUGCAGGCAGAGCGCCCAGCUUCCACACCUGCGCCCGAAGAUCCACUCCCAAUCUCAGCCAAGUCACCUCAAAGCCCCGAUCCUGGGCCACUGAUCAUAGAGCACAGGUUUCAACGCGAUGUGAACUGGGACAAGAAGUGCGAUCGCUGUCGGGACGAAGGUUUCCGCUGUUACACUGCGCAAAACACAACGUCUUGGGCAAAAUCGUGCUUUCUCUGCUACCAAGACCACAAGAUCUGCGCCAUCGACGGCGUGCGCACCCACAAAGGUCGCUCCGCAAACGUGCAUCCGUCCCAAAAGAAGCCAAAACAGGCCACAGCAGCUAAGAGUCCUCCAAAACAGAAUCAGCGCACCUCAGCUCGGCUUUCAAAGAGGAAAUCGGACGUUUCCUCUUCGCAGAGCGCCGCCCGUCACGCCUCCCCGGAGCUUCCGAGGACUCGUUCGCAGAAGCGCUUGAAACAGGAAAGAAGAGAGGAUGAAGAAGAGGAUUCGGACGCCAACGACACACAGCCCAAGGCGAGGAAACGGCGACGGAACGGCACAUUUCGUCCCCUGGCAGAAAGCGAAGAUGAGCUUGCGGAUGAUCCCCCAUCCCAGCCAACGGGGUCCGACGAUCAACCUUCGAGCAAAGACCAACAACUUCGGGAAAAGAGGGCUCCGCUCUGCAACUCAGGCGUCAGCAAUACGGAUCCUACGGUCUCCGAGCCUGCAGGUGCGGACAGGGCAGUCAAUGUACACGGAAAAUCUGCGGAAAAGCUGGCGUCAGAACGAGGGCUUGGUCCAUUCGAGCGGCAGCGCUUGGAGAAGUACGCGAGCAUGCUCUUCAAAGACAUCUCGACUGCCGUUGGGCGAUGCCGCGAGCGGGUGGCGGAGAUGUCAGACGAUGCAGGACUGCUUGCGCUCGAAAGCACCCUUGAAGUGCUUGUGAGCGAUCUAGCAAAGCUGACAGCGGUAGAUCACCAAGCCAACGAGGCAGCUCAGGUCUACUGGUUCGUACCGCAGGUAACCGAGUAUCUGCAGCGUAUUCGUCUCGAGUGCCAGCUGGUGCAAGAGCGACAAGAGCCUCCCGCAGCUGGACCUGGGUGGACCGGGAAGGAGCUCAAAGCUAGACACGUUGCUUCGGCUUUGGCAUGCGAAACGCUCUUUGACCGGUGCUUGAGCCUCAUCUCGAUGCACGAGAACGAGAAGUAG